AUGUCCCUUCCGACGAGCGACUCUGGACAGCACGACAACCAUGCAUCGUAUUGGAUAUGCUUGCAACACGACAAGGAGUCGGCCGAGACCGAUGAUUAUCAAACCAAUCAAUUACUUUCAAGGGUGCAGCUGCCCAGCCCCAUCAGCCCGCUCGCACAGGGUUUCUUCGACGAGUCCGUACCAAACUUUGGAGGGGUGUACACUAGAAAGGGUUCGAAUCCUAGGAUGCAGCACUUCGUGGAAGAAUCGGAUUUAGUCCUCCAUCUAGGCGCUCUCGACGCCGAUGCCACCAGCUAUCUUGGAUCGACAACCAUGAAAGAAGCAACCACGAUCAGACUUCUGCCGGAGGAGGUCGUGAUAGGCGCAAGCUUUGGGAUAUUCGACACAAGGCUUCUACAAGACAAUUUGCUCAUCGGCAGCGCGCAAAGGGCUGCGUUGGUGGCCGGAGAUGACAACGGUAGCUUUCAACCGACCUGUCAAGAAAUCAGCACCAUGAUCAAGCAGUGCCUACAAGCCAUCAUGUGGGCAGACCUAAGUAACUUCUCCACAAAUCUCAGGUACGGGAGCUGA